CAGGGAGGCCAGGCGGCGGCCGGAGGGGGCGGAGCCGUCCCGGCGGCCCGCCCACUUCUCCAUCUGGCUCAGUCAGUCGCAGCCCGGCCUUCGGCGAAGGAGGAAGCGCCGUGGAGUUCUAACCAUUUAUCAUGUGGGCGACAUGCUGCAACUGGUUUUGCCUGAACGGGCAGCCCGAGGACAUCCAGCACCGCCCACAGCAGGGGACCCGCGCGCAAGCCUACGCCAACGCCGGCUACAGCUCCUUCCCUUCGCCCACCGGCCCCGAGCAGGGCUGCAAAGGCUGCGGGGCCCGUUUCAGCAACACCUCCCUUAAGCACACCUGCCUGGACUGCAAAAAGAACUUCUGCCUGGCCUGCUCGCACCAGCCGGAGAGCGGCCCCUGCCUCUGCCACCUCUGCGAGCGGUUCCGGGCCACAGCCUUCCAGCGGGAGGAGCUGAUCAAAAUGAAGGUGAAAGACCUGCGGGACUACCUGGAGCUGCGGGAGAUCUCCACUGAAAUGUGCCGCGAGAAGGACGAGCUGGUGUGUCUGAUCAUCGGACAGCAGCCCGCUGUGGGUCCCCAGGGAGACAGGACUGCCCGGGUUCCUCCGGUGACAAUCGUCUCCCCUGUCCAGGAGCAAGAGGCCCCUGCACCUACCUCACCGGACUGCCCUCCUGAGUGGGCCACGACAGACCCUGCCUUGCAGACUGAGGAGCAGCCACAGGCAAAUGGGCAUGUCUUACCGAGCCAGGGAGACAUGGCGGAAGUCGAGAAUGCAGUGGAAGCACUGACCGAGGAGGAGACGCAGUCCACCGACUCUGAGGAUAACCUAGUUCCGGGACGGAGGGCGUCCCUCUCUGAUCUGACAAGUGUGAGAGACAUUGAUGCCCUCUCUGUAAGGCAGCUGAAGGAGAUCCUCGCUCGGAACUUUGUCAACUACAAGGGCUGUUGUGAGAAAUGGGAGCUGAUGGAGAGAGUGACCCGCCUGUACAAAGAGAAGGACCUUCAGCAGCUGGUUUCUGAUACGGAUGAUCAAGCUGCUCCAUCCGGCAAUGCCACUCUCCCUGGCUCAGAGGACAACCUCUGCAAGAUCUGCAUGGACUCCGUCAUCGACUGCGUCCUCCUGGAGUGCGGCCACAUGGUCACCUGCACCAAGUGUGGGAAGCGCAUGAACGAGUGCCCCAUCUGCCGGCAGUACGUGAUCAGAGCUGUCCAUGUCUUCAGGUCUUAAGGGCUUUGUCCGAAGCAGGGCGGAAUAUCGUCUUAGAAGACUCACCCCACUGUGACGGAGAGCUGAUGGGUCCCAGCUAUCCAGCCCCUCCUCCAUUCCUAAGGCGCCCCCUUACAGGUGAUGGGUGAGGCAAGGGAUGGAGGAACUGCAAAAAGACUCAAGAGCUGUGAUAGGCUGGGCUCCCCCCUCCCCACACACGUACGAUACUGUACAUUAUACCGCAGUGCCUGGAGAGCUGGAAAUCCUCAACAGAUCUCGAAAGUGAUGCGCCGUUCCUCCCUCUCUCUGUUUGCUUGCGACAGGGCAUCAACGAAAGGCGUAGCUUUCCCCCAGACGUUGAGGUCCUUCCACUCUGGAGUGAAUAAAACAAGGUGGUCUAAAGAGGAAGAGAUAA